AAGCGCAAGCGCAGGCGAGCCGACAACACCGUGUCGGCCAUUUUAGAAAUUCGUAUUUCGAAUUAGAUUGCGUUUAUUCUUUAUUUUGUGCCAGGAUGGCGACCACCGUGCCAUAUCACACAAUGUCGACGUCUGAGCCGCUGUUUAAGAAGUGCUUCUGUAUCCCCUUGAAGACUGGAUGCUUUAUCUUGUCGUAUUUAAUCCUGGCCUUCAGCUCACUCCAAGUCCUGGGCCUCCUGGUUGUGACAACAUACGUCGGCGUCGCGACCCAUGGCUUCGACCACUUUGACCGUCCAUAUGACACAAUAGAGGUGAAGUCGGUCAACCAGUACGGUCUACAGCUGAUAGCCAUUCUGUGCUUCAAUGUGGCGUGGCUGGCUAUCAACAUAGCUUGCCUGGUUGGACUGCACAAGAAACGUCCAGGCCCAGUCCGCGUGUACGUGGCCUUCGCGACCGCCCGCCUCCUGCUGUCGUUCGCUGGUUUCUUUUCCAGCAUGAUGACCAUUUCCACCACCAAAGCCAUCAUCAUCCAUAGCAUUGAUAUUGCUGUAACAAUAUGCUUCAUCCCGGUAUACUGCGUGUACGCGGCUCAGCUGCAGAGGGACCAGGAGGAGGCUCCAAAAGUGCCCCCGAGUGCCCCAGUGUCUGAUAAUAAUAUUUCCUUCAUCAUCCCACCCCUGGUGGACAAGAAGACCCUAGUUGUCUAGAUCUGAUUUGCGUUGUUAAUUUUAGCCAUAAACGUGCAAAGCCUCCUAAGUAUUCAAGUACUAUAGUCUGGUUGCUGAGCACGUAGAAUUUUGUCCAAUGACCCCAAGCUACCUAUCCUUAUCGCUCGCGCGUAAUGACAUUGCUGUCGCGACUGUGCAACGGGCGGCAGCAGUGAGUCUAAGUAGACAAGAUGUUUAGCGUUGUGCUUUAAGGCUAAUAAUGAUUGCUCGCAGGUUUUCACGCUGUACACUUUUUGAAACCUACUGUAACUCUUUAUGCGUGCAGCCUGUGGAUAAAUUACACCCAAAGACCAUACGGGGCUCUGCGCUCUCAGUAUAAUGACGCAUUCAGGAUGCUGAUGGGGACGUUACCGCAGUAUACGUCAGGGAUGCUGGCAGAAGCUGAAGUAGAUAGCUUUGCUGCCAUUUUAAGAAAUCGCACGGCGUCCCUGAUCCACCAUGUGAAUGGCAGCCCCAACAGCCUCCUGCAGAGUGUCGCAGCACUGGACACGCGUCCACCUUGCAAAAUACACCAAACUGUCUUAUUUUGUGUGUAAUUAUUGUGAUUUACUAACAUAAUUUCUAAGACCUUUGUUACUAACACUUUUAUGGGCCAUGCCUGAAAUAAAUAACUUUUAUUUAUUUAUUUAUUUCAAACUUAUAUUGUAAGAAUGAAAGAUAGAUCUUUUAAUAAAUCAUCUCUAUGUCCA